AAAGAUCUAUACGCAAAUAGAUGGGGAUGUUAGACACGCACCAUUUACUACAUGCUCAACACGACAAUAUAGUGACAGCGAUCGAUAUCCAUCAUCAGCGCUUUUCUGGAACUAACAGCUACACCUGCGACGUCAGUCAUGACAGUGCGUGAUAAUCCAAGUAAAUCAACUCUCUCUUACAGUUGCACUGCUUCUGCCGAAGCCGCCGCUGCGCUGCGCUGCGCUGCGCUGCGCUCCGCUCCUCCAUGCUGCACUCCAACGCUUUCCUCCACUCAGCCUCCUCUCACACCCCAAUCACCAAAGAGAGAAACGCGUUCCCCGCGGCCAAUCGGCACGCCGUCGCCCCUAGCAACGACGUCCAUCAGCUUGGCACGACCAAUGAGCGGGCGGGGCGGAGCGGCGCGGAGAUGCAGGUGAGCCUCGGCGUCCACUCGGCAGAGCGCCGGGAGGGAGCCGCCUGUAGGCAGCAGACUAGAGGAUGCGUGCGUCAAAUGCGAGCUGGUUCUAAUGCGAGCUACCAGUCCGGCUCCGAGCGUCAUGGCGACCGCAGCGUCUAACCACUACAGCAUCCUCACCUCCAGCGCAUCCAUCGUGCACUCGGAGCCUGGCAGCAUGCAGCAAGCCGCGGCGUACCGGGACGCGCAGAGCCUGUUGCAGAGCGACUACCAGCUGCAGGGCAACGGCCACGCGCUGAGCCACGCUCACCAGUGGAUCGCCGCGCUGUCCCACGGGGAGGCGGCCCCGUGGUCAUCGGAGCAGGACAUUAAACCGGCGGUGCAGAGCGCCCGAGACGACAUGCACAACUCCAGCAGCAACCUGCAGCACCAGGCGCGAGCGCCGUCCCACCUGCAGGUGCACCAGGCGGCGCACGGCGGGAACCACCACGACGCCCGGGCAUGGAGGACCACCACGGCGGCGCACAUUCCCAGCAUGGCGACCACCAACGGCCAAAGCUUGAUCUACUCGCAGCCGAGCUUCGGCGUCAACGGUCUGAUCCCGGGGCCGGGCGGCGGCCAGGGGCUGCACCACCACAACCUACGAGACCCUCACGAGGACCACCACAGUCCGCACCUUAGCGAGCACAGCCAACCGCCGUCCCAGCAGCAUCAGCACCAGCACGGGCCGAACCACCACCACGACCACUCGGACGAGGACACGCCGACCUCGGACGACUUGGAGCAGUUCGCCAAACAAUUCAAGCAGCGCAGGAUCAAGCUGGGCUUCACGCAGGCGGACGUGGGGCUCGCUCUAGGGACCUUGUACGGGAAUGUGUUCUCCCAGACCACCAUUUGCAGGUUUGAGGCCCUGCAACUCAGCUUCAAAAACAUGUGCAAGCUGAAGCCUCUGUUGAACAAGUGGCUGGAGGAGGCGGACUCCACUUCAGGCAGCCCGACCAGCCUGGACAAAAUCGCCGCACAGGGCAGGAAAAGGAAAAAACGGACCUCGAUCGAGGUCAGCGUCAAGGGGGCUUUGGAGAGCCAUUUUUUGAAGUGCCCAAAACCCGCAGCGUCGGAAAUAAUCUCCCUGGCGGACAGUCUGCAUUUGGAGAAAGAAGUGGUGAGGGUUUGGUUUUGUAACAGGAGACAGAAGGAGAAACGGAUGACGCCUCCCGGAGGAGCUCUGCCGGGGAGCGAGGACGUGUACGGGGACACGCCGCCCCACCACGGGGUCCAAACCCCGGUUCAGUGAGCUCCGCCUCGCAUCUUGGAGCGCUCCGACAGGACUUGGCCGAAAUUUUGAGUUAUAUAUAAAUCACUGGACUAUGAAACGAUAGUGGGUGUUUUAUGUAUAAUGAAUAGCAGUGAGUACGUACGUAUACACAGAAGGAGAGCAGAAGAGGGGGGACGGGACGACCCCCGUCUCAUCUCUCUACAGAGCUCAAGGAACAUCAACCUGUGUUCUCUUCUGUUCUGAGGAUACCAGCCGAGCACUGUGAGUCCAUUCGACGCAGUUUCAAGGUGUAGCCCCCCCAUUGUGUCAUGGAAUUAGAACAACAGAGGGGAGGGGAGGGCAAAAGGAUGCUGUUGUUUUCGACGCCAAACGUGCGCACCCGUUCUUAAACAGCAGAAUAGCUUGGCCACUUUAUCAACAACACAUUAUUUCCGUGUGUGGAGAAAAAAAAAGAUAAUAAUUUGAGAGAGGAAAAAAAGCAAAGGCGUUUUAGAUGUGUAGCUCCAUGCAGCAGGGAUGCUUGCUGCUUGAUUGGAUGCUGGGGGCCACUAAAGAGUCUAGCUCAGGGUGAGCAUCUGUCAGCUUUGCAUUCAUUUUCUUGCGCGGAGACAGCAGGCCAUCCAGCUCCUAUUUAUUCUACAAUAACUGAGGUCAGUCUGUAUUUCAUCAUCCAAAACAAACACGGAUCAAUGUUACCAUUAAGAUAUUGAUGAUUAUAUCUGUGUGGCUCACAGACUAAAACUCAUGGCCGUGGCUGUGAUCAGCUAUCAAGAGGAUAAUGUCUAGCUUAUUAUGAAUAAAAAAAAAAAACACCCCAACCCUCGCCUAUAUUCUCCUUUAGAUGCCCAGCUUCCAAAAAGAUUUGUUGCGUCAUCCGCAGGUCAGGACGGACUCUUGAUUUCUAUAACAUUUGCAUUCACUUUUGUAAAUACUGUACUUUAAAUGUCAUCGUUCCAUCUUUCUUUCUUUUUUUUUUUUUUUUUUUUUACACUGGGGCACUUUUUCAAUUAUUCAAGAAACAGACUUUUUCAAAUCCAGUUUCCUUCGUAAUCUACCUGCUGCCUUGUGUUUGUGUAUUAUUUAUGACUGCGCAUUCGCCGGUGCAUUUGAGAUAUUUUUUUACGUCAUGUAAAUUCCGUUCAAAUCGUUUUAGGAGUUCUAUACUUCUGCAGAAAAAUGUAAAUUCAGUUACAGAUUCACACGUAUGCUUUAUGGAAUGAAUUUUAAAAUAAAAACCAUUAGUGUUUUUAAAAAUUCAUCACAAAUCACAAGUGGGAGCGACUGAAAAUAAGUUAAAAAGAGCAAGUAAUUCGUCCCCCCCCCCCCCCCACUCACACAAAAAACAUAGGCUAUUAAUAUGACCCCAAAAUGAGCAUUUGAUCAAAUUAUUAUUAUUAUUAUUAUUGUUAUUAUUAUUAUUAUUAUAUUAUUAUUAUUAUUAUUAUUAUUGCGCUAUUUGUUUUCAAGUUUGUUUCAUCUUCACUGAUGUUUUUCAUCAGCCUUCUGUUUUAUAUUUGUAUUUGUCUGUUUUUGUAAUUUAUUCUCGAAUGAACUUUGUGGAGGAAACAGGACGAUACAGGUAAAAACGAAGUCUUUGGUUUCGUAGGGAACAGUAUUUUAUUUCAAUUUUCACAUCUAUAUGUAUAUACAUCUUUUUGUUCCGUAGAUGGACUCUUAUUUUAUCCUAAAAUUUCGAGCAUUUCUGAGGGGUGUGUUUUACUCCCCGGAGUUUUUCUUUUAACCCGCGAGAAAGCAGGAAAACCCCUCGUUACGAUGAAAUGUUUCUUCACCAGCUUUAAUCAAUCGAUUCAAGUCCAAAUUCACUGCAAGUUCAAGUUGUAAGAUUUGGAUCUGCUCUGCACCUAUCCAACGCUUUUUUACCUGUUUUUCGGGGAUUACGGUUUUUUCUCUUUCCUUUUUUUUUGCUAUUUUUCUGUUUGUUUGUCUGUCAGUUUGUUUGGUUAUUGGGGGUUAUAUGACGUCAUAUUCACUGGCUGAAACUGGGGUUACAGAGAUGGUUAAUGUGUGGGUGCUUCAUGACAUAUGAACAAACGGACUUGCACAUUUUUAAAUAUGGGGUUGAUAUUAAACAGCUUUUUUUCCAA